UUUUUUGUAAAAGAGAACAUUGCAUACAUUUCAUUUAAUAAGAGGAAAGAGAAGAAUAAUGAAAGACACUGAGAACGAGAAGAGACGAAGGAGAUUAAAUAGGAAGGGAUACGUCAGGGACGAUAACGUCAAGAAGUGCCGUUUCGAAGGCAACAACAAUAUUCCGUGCCAAACAAACAAACCUCUGUUGCUCCGUCAGCAAUGACAGACUAAGAACAAAACUCAAUCCAGCUGAAGGGAACACAGGCCAUAGGAGGAGAUGUAAGGCGUUACUCGGAGAACAGGGAUAAAAAGUAAGACGAAGGCUUACAUGUGGCCACAGAUGCUGCAUAGGAGGAGGGUUCGUCGCUACCAAGAGUUCUUGAAGACUUUGAGGCGCCCUGAGCCACAGCUGUGUUUGUGCCCCUUCCAUCUACACCCCCGGCCCUGGGUGCCUCCACCCUGUCGCACCUCCAGGCCCCAUGGGGAACCUUCCCUGCUGUUGUCGAGAAGGUUUCACUCCAAUCCUGAGCUGCUGGCACACUCGUCCCACACUGGCGCAAUGGAGAGGAAGUCACUGAGUCAGAAGGACAAGGCUCAGCACUCCCGCUACAUUGAGCGCCUCCACCAUGAAGAAGACCUCAUCAAGGAGGCACAGAGAAGGGUGCACAAUGGUGAUCCCUUGCCCAAGGAUAUGUACAACACUGUCAUGAAGUGGAGUAAGAUGUCACCCAAGCUUGAGGAGGAGACCACAGGGGCAGGACAGAGGAGAGAAAAGAAGCAGCAAACCAGCCACAUUGGACGGAAGAAGGGAACAAGUGAACGCGAGUUUGAGAAGGAAGAGGAGAAGCUGCGUCAGGAGUUAAAGAAUGUGAGGGACUUAAAUCAGCACAACAUCUAUUUGCUGGAGGAGAACAAGAGGCUCAUGAAGAAGAUUCAGAAGCUGCAGCAGAGGGCCAAGCGACAAGGGGAAGCAAGGAAAGGCAGCAGGGAGAGUAUGGAGGCCCCCAGGCAAGAUGAUGUCAUCCUUUCUCUCAGGAAGAAGUAUGAAGACCUGCUGCAGUAUGUUCUCAAGGUUGAAGCUGAGAACCAGAAGCUGAACAGUCUUGCUGGGGCAUCAGGGGAGGGCCGAGGCACAGACAUCAAGGCCACCAGGAGGACCCUAACAGAGCUGCAGGAGGAGACACAGGCACUGAGGCAGCAGCUCAUGGAAAAAGACGAGAACUUGAUGAAAUAUGAGGAACAGCUGAAGGCAAUGAAGGACAGCACCAUCAUACUACAAGAUGCCCUCAAAAAGCAAAGGCUAGGAGGCAGCUGGAGUUCUGAGACAGCAAUGCUAGAGGAGGAAUGGAUGAGGCGGUUCAAUGAAACUCGGGAGAUGUAUGAGGAAGCUAUUCAGGGAUACAAGGACCAGCUGGAGCAGACACAGAGGAAGGUGGUGAUGGAGGAACAGGAUCACGCUCAGCAGAUAGAGGAACUAAGAAAACAGCUGCACGAAGCCCAGACUCAACUCCAGGCCGAGGAGAAGAACAGACUGGAGGAGGCUAAGGUAGUGGAGGAAAAAGACCAUACCAAAGCGGGAGAAGGAAAACAGGUUGAUGAGUUGAAGGGAGGCCAGAAUGAAGUCAGGACAAAGGGAAGUCCUGGGCAUCAAGUAACUAAAUCUGAUGGUAGUAACUCCCCAAAGAACCUGCCUAGCACUGCACACAUAGUAUCUCCAAAGCAUUCAAAAGAGGACACACAAACUACACAGCCACAAGCCACAAGCCAUUGCACAGAGGGCGAGGGAAAGCCUGAAUCAACAGCAGUGACAAAAACAGAUGAGAUGUACAGUGAGGCCUUAACACUUAUUGUGAGGAGACUUGAGAGCCUUCAGAUAGGCAGAGGGGAAGUGGAGGGCAUGAUGGGUACUAUUAAAGACACCAUCAACACCUGCCUGCAAGAAUGGAGGGACAGCUUCCAACAGACCAGAGCACAACAGGACCAACACAAGAACCAAUUGCAGCAUGAAAAUGAGGAACUGCAGAGAAAGCUGAGGACAAGGAACAAGAAGAUAGAGACCCUUCAGAAGCAGAAUGAAGACCAGCAGCGGCAGAAUGAGAAGCUGCUGCACCAGUGUUCCCUCCUUGAAUCACAGAUGGCUUCCACACGAACCACAGAACAGCUAGGCAUCCUUAGUGGACUACCUCAGAAGGUGCAAGAGGCUGAGCACCAACUGGCAGAUACCAAGGAGCUGCUACACAAGGCCCAGGUGGAAAACCAAGGACUGCAGAGCCAUCUGAAGCACCUGGAAGAAAAACUUGGUAAAAAGGAGUCCAAAUUGAAGACAGAGCGUGAGCAAAGCUUGAGCAGGGAAAAGGAGGUGGCAGGGGCACGGGAGUCUGUCUCGUCCCUGCAGCACCAGCUUGAGGAGAUGAGGAGAGAAAUGAACCAGCUGUGUGAACAACUCUCCACCAAAGAUGUCAUCCUGGAGCACACAUCGGCACAACUAGAGGAGAGGAUCCGAGAGUGUGCCAGCCUCUCUGCUCUCGCUGACCGCUACAAGCUGCAGCAGAACCAAGACUCAGACCGCAUCCAGACACAACUGAACGAGAGGGAAACUGCCUCCCACAAGCAGCUCCUGGAGGCGCAAACACAGGCCUCUCGCUUCCAGGCUCAGGUGUCGGCCCUACGUACUGAGAAGGAACACACAGAGAAGUCCCUUCGCUGUACUGUCAGGAAGCUGGAGGAGCAAGUUGACCAACUUCAGCUGAGGAAUUCUACAUUGCAGAGGCAACUGACCACCUUUACCUCCACUUACCAUAACUUGUUCUCCAGUGUUGACCUCCCGUCGGUGACCACUCCGGCCAUAGACACCACUGUCUUCAAGGGCAUUUAAGGUGCAGUGCUGGCACGUCCAGGAGGUGGCUGCCGCUGAGGCCUGUGUGCUGGACCCCACCCCCACCACAUCGGCCCCCCGCGCACCACUCAGACUCUCCGGUCCUGAGGCCAUCACCAGCUGCUCCACCGUUGCCCAGUGGCCCGACUGCUUCCACUCCAGUGCUGCUGCUCGGUUGCGGGUCUUGACAGCCUCAAGUAAUGGUCCAAUGUACUCCUGAAAAGUUAGGUUAAUUUUAGACACGUCCAGUGUGACACAUGGCUUCCUCAGAUGUCCACCACCAAGAUCAUAAAGAACACCUGUAGCUUCCAAAUGUAUCAACCAUUGUAGCUUAUAAAUAAAACUACAUAAGAUUUGUUUCUUA